GCUGCCCCCUUUCCCACCAUUUGAAUUCAUGAACGGAAGGUAGGCAGUACCCAUGACAGUUUUUACGACGCCGCAACUAUGGCGGAUGCUGCAGCGAGACAGCUCCAGUACGAGUAUAAAGCGAAUUCCAAUCUCGUUUUACAAGCUGACGUUCGGUUAAUAGAAAGACGUAGCAGAGAUGAAGCCACAGGUGAGGUUAUGUCCCUUGUGGGCAAACUUGAUGGUACUCGCAUGGGUGACAGAGCACAACGUACUAAACCGGGAAAAGCUGAAGAGCGUAAAGUAAAGCGUCAGAAACGUGAUGAAGCACAAUAUGAUUUUGCACGAAUGAAGGGAGCAACAUUGCUUUCCGAGGGUGUUGAUGAAAUGGUUGGAAUUGUAUAUCGUCCAAAGACUCAAGAAACACGUCAAACAUAUGAAGUAUUAUUGAGUUUUAUUCAAGAAGCAUUGGGUGAUCAACCAAGAGAUAUUCUUUGUGGUGCUGCUGAUGAGGUCUUGGCUGUAUUGAAAAAUGACAGACUCAAAGAAAAGGAAAAGAAAAAAGAAACUGAACUUUUGCUUGGAUCAUUGGCAGAAGAGAGAUUUGCAUUAUUAGUGAAUUUAGGAAAGAAAAUAACAGACUUUGGAAGCGAUGAAAAGAGUACCACUAAUGAGGAAAAUAUUGACGAAACCUAUGGGAUCAAUGUUCAGUUUGAGGAAAGUAGUGAGGAAGACGAUGAAGAUGUUUAUGGAGAAGUAAGAGAUAAUGAUGAUGAUGGUGAUGAAGGUGAAGAAGCUAAUGAUGACAGAGCCAUUCAUGCUGAAAAUCUUGGUGGUGCCGAGGAAAUGAAAAAAGAAAAAACUUUGCACCCAUUGGAUAUUGAUGCAUAUUGGCUUCAGCGAAGGCUGAGUAGAAUAUAUGAUGAUGCUAUGGUUUCACAAGCAAGAGCUGCUGAAGUAUUAGCUGUUUUGAGGGAUGCUGGAGAUGAUCGAGAUUGUGAAAAUCAACUUGUGCUCUUGUUGGGUUAUGAUUGCUUUGAUUUCAUCAAACAACUUAAAAAAUAUAGGCACAUGAUUGCAUAUUGUACAAUGUUGGCGUCGUCUCAAUCGGAAUCCGAACGUCAAAAGAUACGUAAUAAAAUGAACGAUGAUCCCGCACUUGCCAAGAUCUUACGUCAACUGGAUACUGGCAAGGGUGACGAUGAGAAUGAUGAUACGAUGGAAGCCAGAGCUCAACGUAAAAGGAGAGAAGAAAAUGAAGAUCAAGGUGGACCUGGUGGGCAAGUUCAGGGUACUAGGAACCUAAUCGAUUUGGAAGAUUUAGUAUUUGCGCAAGGAAGUCAUUUUAUGGCUAAUAAACGAUGUCAGCUACCAGAUGGUAGUUUCAGAAAACAACGAAAAGGAUACGAGGAAGUUCACGUUCCUGCCUUAAAACCAAAGCCAUUUACUGAGAACGAGAAAUUGCUUCCUAUUGAGCAACUACCGAAAUACGUCCAGCCUGCCUUUGAGGGCUUCAAGACACUAAACAGGAUUCAGAGUCGCUUGCACCAUACAGCUUUGGAGAGCGAUGAAAAUCUUCUACUCUGCGCACCUACAGGUGCUGGUAAAACAAAUGUUGCUUUGUUAUGUAUGAUGCGUGAGAUUGGCAAACACAUAAACGCCGACGGUACUAUUAACGCCGACGAGUUUAAAAUAAUCUACGUCGCCCCAAUGCGUUCAUUGGUACAAGAGAUGGUCGGUAAUUUCGGCAAGAGGCUGGCGUCGUACAAUUUGACCGUAUCCGAGUUGACUGGUGAUCACCAGUUGACCCGAGAACAAAUAGCAGCAACCCAAGUAAUUGUCUGCACUCCUGAGAAGUGGGAUAUCAUUACAAGAAAAGGUGGAGAGAAGACAUUCACGUCGCUCGUUCGGCUAGUGAUAAUCGACGAAAUUCAUCUUUUACACGACGAAAGAGGUCCAGUCUUAGAGGCGUUGGUUGCCAGGACGAUUAGGAAUAUCGAAACUACUCAAGAAGAUGUGCGACUGGUUGGCCUGUCCGCUACUUUGCCAAAUUACCCAGAUGUAGCAGCGUUUUUACGAAUUAAACCGGAGACAGGACUAUUCUAUUUCGACAACAGUUUCAGACCGGUCGCCCUGGAGCAACAAUACAUUGGUGUAACUGAGAAGAAAGCCCUCAAACGUUUCCAAGUAAUGAAUGAGAUUGUGUACGAAAAGACAAUGGAACACGCUGGCAGAAAUCAAGUUCUGGUGUUUGUGCAUUCGCGAAAGGAAACUGGAAAGACUGCACGAGCAAUCCGCGAUAUGUGCUUGGAGAAAGAUACACUGGGUCAGUUUCUAAGGGAAGGUUCCGCAUCGAUGGAAGUCCUGAGAACAGAAGCUGAACAAGUAAAGAAUCAAGAACUCAAGGAUUUACUUCCUUAUGGAUUCGCUAUUCAUCACGCCGGGAUGACGAGAGUUGACAGAACUCUAGUUGAAGAUUUAUUUGCCGACAGGCAUAUACAAGUUCUGGUGUCCACGGCUACUCUGGCUUGGGGUGUUAAUUUACCAGCUCAUACAGUUAUAAUUAAAGGAACGCAGGUUUACAAUCCUGAAAAAGGUAGAUGGGUUGAACUUGGUGCUUUGGAUGUUCUGCAAAUGUUAGGACGUGCUGGUCGGCCUCAAUACGACACCAAAGGCGAGGGUAUUCUUAUAACAAAUCACAGUGAAUUACAGUACUAUUUGUCACUCCUUAAUCAACAACUUCCUAUCGAGUCACAAUUAAUUACCAAAAUGUCUGACAUGUUGAAUGCUGAGGUUGUUCUUGGUACCAUUCAGAACAUCAGAGACGCUGUCACUUGGCUCGGUUAUACUUAUCUCUACAUCAGAAUGCUACGGUGUCCCACUCUGUAUGGAAUAAGUCAUGACAAGCUUAAGGAGGAUCCUCUCCUGGAAAUGCACAGGGCGGACUGUAUUCAUUCUGCGGCUGUUGCAUUGGAUCGCAGUGGUUUAAUUAAAUACGACAGGAAGUCAGGAAAUUUCCAGGCUACAGAAUUGGGAAGGAUUGCUUCUCAUUAUUACUGCACCCACGAAACUAUGUCGACAUACAAUCAACUGUUGAAAAGAACUUUGAGCGAGAUAGAACUAUUCAGGGUGUUUUCGCUGUCGAGUGAGUUCAAGAAUAUCAACGUCCGCGAGGAAGAGAAAUUAGAAUUGCAGAAACUCAUGGAGAGAGUGCCGAUUCCGAUAAAGGAAAGCAUUGAAGAACCAAGUGCUAAGGUUAACGUGCUUUUACAAGCAUAUAUCUCGCAACUGAAGCUAGAAGGUUUUGCGUUAAUGUCAGACAUGGUUUUCGUGACUCAGUCAGCAUCUCGAUUGAUGAGAGCAAUCUUCGAAAUUGUGUUGUUCCGCGGUUGGGCUCAGUUAGCAGAUAAGUGUUUAUCAUUGUGCAAGAUGAUAGAUCGAAGAAUGUGGCAGUCCAUGUCUCCACUGAGACAAUUCAGAAAGAUGCCAGAAGAAAUUGUUAAGAAAAUCGAAAAGAAGAACUUCCCUUGGGAGCGUCUCUAUGACCUGGGGCCCAAUGAGAUCGGUGAAUUGAUUCGAGUACCAAAAUUAGGAAAAACAAUUUACAAGUAUAUCCACCAGUUUCCUAAAUUGGAAUUGUCGACGCAUAUUCAACCUAUCACCAGAUCUACUCUUCGCGUUGAACUCACCAUCACACCUGACUUUCAGUGGGACGAAAAGAUUCACGGUGCAUCCGAAGCUUUUUGGAUACUAGUCGAGGACGUUGAUUCUGAAGUGAUACUGCAUCAUGAGUUCUUCUUGCUAAAAGCCAAAUACGCGAGUGAUGAACAUCUUAUUAAGUUUUUCGUACCAGUCUUUGAACCAUUACCACCACAGUAUUUCCUGAGAGUAGUGUCAGACAGAUGGAUUGGCGCUGAGACUCAACUUCCAGUAAGUUUUCGGCAUUUGAUUUUGCCAGAGAAGAAUCUCCCGCCGACUGAGUUAUUGGACCUACAACCUUUGCCCAUCACAGCUUUGCGGAAUUCUAAGUUCGAGAAUUUAUACGUUGACAAGUUCCCACAGUUCAAUCCAAUUCAAACGCAAGUAUUUAAUGCGGUGUAUAAUUCCGAUGACAACGUAUUUAUCGGGGCUCCCACGGGAUCCGGUAAGACUACUAUUGCAGAGUUUGCUGUUCUGCGUUUAUUAACACAGAAUUCUGAAGGUCGUUGCGUCUAUAUGGUCAGUAAAGAAGCCUUGGCAGAAUUGGUUUAUGCGGAUUGGCUUGUUAAAUUCAAUCAACAACUUGGUCGCAAAGUCGUUCUUUUGACUGGAGAAACCGGAACGGAUUUGAAGCUUCUGGCUAAAGGACAGAUUAUCAUUACAACAGCAGACAAAUGGGACGUACUUUCUCGUAGAUGGAAACAAAGAAAAAAUGUACAAAAUAUUCAACUCUUUAUUGUGGAUGAGUUACAGCUGAUAGGCGGUGAAGAGGGACCAGUACUGGAAGUUGCGUGCUCCAGAGCAAGAUACAUCUCUUCUCAAUUGGAUAAACCAACCAGGAUAGUAGCACUCUCAGCUUCAUUGGCAGAUGCCAAAGAUGCAUCACAGUGGCUAGGUGCUCCGGCAGCAGCAACCUUUAACUUUCAUCCUUCCGUUAGGCCCAUCCCGUUGGAACUUCACGUCCAGGGUGUAAAUAUUACUCACAAUGCAUCAAGACUAUCCGCCAUGGCGAAACCAGUGUACAAUGCUAUAUUGCGUCAUGCACCCCAUAAACCAGCCAUAGUCUUUGUACCUACUAGAAGACAGGCACGGCUGACAGCCAUCGACUUGCUCACAUUCACAGCUGCGGAAGGGCAGCCAUCUAAAUUUUUCCAUGCCGAAGAAGCUGAUAUUAAACCAUUUUUGGAUAGAAUGAGCGACAAAACUCUGAAGGAGACUUUAUCACAAGGCGUUGCUUACCUUCAUGAAGGUCUAUCGGCCGAUGAUCGUCAUCUCGUUGAACAGUUAUUUGACAGCGGUGCUAUACAAGUGGCAGUGGCUACGCGAGAUCUCUGCUGGGGAUUGUCAAUUAGUUCUCAUCUUGUUAUUGUCAUGGAUACUCAGUGUUAUAACGGGAAAACGCACGCUUACGAGGAUUAUCCUAUAACCGAUGUUUUGCAAAUGGUCUCGCGCGCUAAUAGACCCCUGGAAGACGACGACGCUAAAUGUGUCUUACUUUGUCAGAGUUCGAAGAAGGACUUCUUUAAAAAGUUUCUAAACGAACCAUUACCCGUCGAAAGUCACUUGGAUCAUAGACUGCAUGAUCACUUCAAUGCAGAGAUUGUAACAAAAACUAUAGAGAACAAGCAAGACGCCGUUGAUUAUUUGACCUGGACCUUCUUGUAUCGAAGAUUAACUCAAAAUCCAAAUUAUUAUGGUCUACAGGGUGUGACACACAGACACCUGUCAGACCACUUAUCCGAAUUGGUCGAGAGUACUCUAAGUGAUUUGGAACAAGCCAAAUGCGUCGCUGUUGAAGAUGAAAUGGACACACUGCCGCUAAAUCUUGGCAUGAUAGCCGCGUACUACUAUAUUAAUUAUGCCACUAUAGAAUUAUUCAGUUUAUCUCUAAAUAACAAAACAAAGAUCAGAGGUCUGCUGGAGAUCAUCUCAGCUGCUGCUGAGUACGAGAACGUUCCUGUAAGACAGCGAGAAGAAAAUUUGCUGAGAAGUUUAGCAGCCAGAUUACCACAUGCUCCACAAGUCAACAGAAUGGCUGAUCCACACGUGAAGGCACAGCUAUUACUGCAAGCUCAUUUAUCAAGGAUUCAACUGGGUCCUGAACUACAGAAGGAUACAGAACUUGUUCUCGGAAAGGCCGUACGCCUGAUUCAAGCUUGCGUCGAUGUCCUCAGCUCAUCCGGUUGGUUGGCACCAGCUGUUGCUGCCAUGGAACUGGCUCAAAUGGUCACACAAGCCAUGUGGUCUAAGGAUUCGUACUUGAAGCAAUUACCACACUUCGCAGGGGACACUAUAAAACGCUGUACAGACAAAGGAGUGGAAACUGUCUUUGAUGUCAUGGAAUUGGAGGAUGAUGACAGGAAUAGGCUUCUACAAUUGACAGAUUCGCAAAUGGCUGACGUUGCCAAAUUCUGCAAUCGUUAUCCUAAUAUUGAAAUGUCUUAUGAAGUUCAAGAUAAAGAUAAGCUGCGCAGUGGUGGUACAGUUAACGUUGUCGUUCAAUUGGAAAGAGAGGAUGAAGUGACAGGACCGGUGGUUGCGCCAUUCUUCCCACAGAAGAGAGAAGAGGGUUGGUGGGUCGUCAUCGGAGACCCCAAGACAAAUUCUUUGUUAUCUAUCAAAAGGUUAACUCUUCAACAAAAGGCCAAAGUUAAGUUAGAUUUUGUUGCCCCUGCGCCAGGUCAACAUUCCUAUACUUUGUACUUCAUGAGCGACGCUUACCUGGGAUGCGAUCAAGAGUACAAAUUUACCAUCAACGUCGGAGAAUACGAAUCAGAUGCUAGUUCGGGUUCAGAGUCCGAUUAAAUAAAUUGUUUGAUUCCUACAUUUUUUAUAAAUUUGAAUCACCUGCUGCUUUCGUUCAGGAGCACAUUAUCAAGUCACGCUGUAAUUACCUGAAUUGCGACAUCCUUCAGUUGUUCUAUUCGAUUCCAUAAAUGUCUCUUUUAAUUGGAUUCCCAGGAGAGUUCUAAAACUUGUUCGCUCUAGAAAAGAAAAAUUGUGGGCGUGGUGAGUUUAUUUUUCACACUAUAGAAAACGUACACGAUAUAUAUCCUCUGUAUUUUUUAUUAGGACUUAACUGCUAAUGUAAGGUAUCCGUUAACAAAGAGUUGUAAGUAUUGAUGUCCGUGAUUGUAAUACUGAAAUGAAAAAAAAAAAUAUUAAAAAUAAGAAAACUA